AGGUCAGCCUGCUUAGUGCACACAUUAAUUUACAACAGCAGCAGCAUUUGCAGCAUAAACCUGGGACGUUUUCUUCAGCACACCAGGAGAGUUGGAAAUCCGCAGGUAACUGCAGUGCUGCUCCGAAGUUUGGUCGACAUGUUGGGGAUCUGCGUGUGUCUUUGUGCGGUUUUCACGCAUGUCCUCUCUCAAGAGGCUGAGGAGCCCGUCUCCUACACAUGCACAGAGGGGUAUGAGUAUGACAGCGCCAGAGAGCAGUGCAGAGAUAUUGAUGAAUGUGCCUUGUUAAAUGACGCCUGCAAAGGUGGGAUGCAGUGUAUCAAUCACUUUGGUGGAUACCUCUGCCUCCCCAAAAGCGCUGUCAUCUAUAUCAGCAAGGAGGGCGAUCAGGUUCCGCCGGACCCUGUCCCUCCUGUCCCACCAAGCCAGCCUCAGCCCCCACAAGUGCCUUCAGGAGGCCAGAGGAUCUCUCAGCCCACUCGGACCAUUCACUGUGCACCUGGAUUCACUGCAGAUGACCAGAACUUCUGUAGAGACGUAGAUGAAUGUGCAACAGGUAGACACGCGUGUGGCCCUGAACAGAUGUGCUACAACACCAGAGGCUCCUACACCUGCCAGUGUUCUCCAGGCUACCAGAGGAAUGGAGACCACUGUGUGGACAGAGACGAGUGUGUCCUGGCCAACUAUUGCAUGCACAGAUGUGUGAACACCCAGGGCUCAUACUACUGUGAGUGCAACGCAGGUCACAAGUUGGCCAGCAGCAACCACACUUGUGAAGAUGUGGAUGAGUGUGAAGCGCAGAGUCCCUGUCAGCACCACUGCUACAACCUGAUUGGCUCCUUCCUCUGCCAAUGUAACCAGGGUUAUGAACUGACACAAGACAUGGUCUCUUGCCAAGAUAUUGAUGAGUGCAGCUUCUCCAGCUACAUGUGUCAGUACCAGUGUAUUAACAACCCAGGAAGUUACACCUGUGAAUGUCCAGAUGGAUAUCAGCUCCAGGGAAACAGGAUGUGUCAAGACAUAAAUGAGUGUGAGACAGGGACCCAUAACUGCCAAGAUGAUGAAAUGUGUUGGAACUAUUACGGAGGCUUCCGCUGCUAUCCCAGAAGCCCCUGUGAGGUGCCUUAUGUCCAAGCCUCUGAAAAUCGCUGUAUCUGCCGGUCUCAGACUGAGUGCCAGGGUCUCCCACCAUCGAUUGUCUACAAAUACAUGAGCAUCCAGUCAGACAGGAGUGUGCCAGCAGACGUCUUUCAGAUUCAGGCCACCAACAUCUAUGCCAACACACAUAACACCUUCAGGAUCAAAGCUGGGAAUGAGGCUGGAGAAUUUUUCCUGCGGCGUUCCAGCAAUGCGAAUGCCAUGCUGGUGCUAACCAAGCCGCUGUCAGGCCCCAGGGAGUACAUUCUGGACCUGGAGAUGAUCACUCACCAUCUGACCAUGAACUAUCGCUCCAGCUCACUGCUGCGGCUUACCAUCAUAGUUGGCCCAUACCCAUUUUGAGCACCACAGUUCCCAGCAGCCCACAUAAGUCUGGUUCAGAAGCAAUAGUAGUGUAGCAGCAUAACAAACUGUACAUUUUCAUACAUGCAUACAAUAUAUAAGAUACUGUAGGCUGUCCCAGGCUCUUUCGGUAGUGCAGCUGUCCUAAUAGGCUUGCUCAAGACAGACCUACACAUGCUGUAAUGUGACCACUAGGCAUCUUUUUCUAUCAAGGUGUUGGGAAGUAUUGUGAUGAAAGGAUCUGGUGUCCUGAAGAACUAAGCAUUGUGUUUCAAAAAUAGUACUUAAAAUUAAACAAAUUUUAAUAUUUAAAAUUCAAACAUUUUCAAGCUACUCUACCUAAUUUCUUUUCAGCAGCUAGAGGGUCUAGUGAGACUCAAAACAAGCUGGCACCAUAAGCUCUUUAUCCCUCCCAUUACAUCCUGUUUCUUAGAGAUGAAGACACCUGAUCGUGACAAACUGCAAAAUGCAGCCUCCGGUCCGAAGCUAGCAUUAGCGGACUAACAAGUAAAUUUGGCAAUCCAGUGAAACACUGGCUACUGCUAACGUGACACAAGGCACUAAUGUUUCAUAAAUCUUGAAUUACUCUUUAAUUUAAAUUAUAUUCAUUCAGUACAAAGGUAAAGUCAUGAGACUGUGCCCCAUUCUCUCUGUGCAAAAGAACACGACUCUCUCUCAGACAUUUAUUUGAUAAGCACUCCUCCACAGCUGGUUGUUUGACAUCACUACUAAUAGUUCAAAAAUGCUUCAUAAAACCUUCUCUAGGUGGCAGGUGGUGCUAAUUUACAUACUGUAUCUUGAAAGCACAGGGUAGAGAAGCUGGAAUAACAACAGAAGUGCUGUAGGUGUGUGCCAUGGAGGGGGUCAGUAUAGCUGAGAGACACCAAGUCCCAUUUUCACUUGAUUUAUCAGACAUUAUGUAAAAUCUUAAUGCACCUUAUCUAAAGUGGACAUUAGAAAGGUGCUAGGUGUAGCAUUUUCACUUGCUACUCCCAAACUAAAAACAACUGGGAACAAAGCAGUGACACUCAGGAAAAGAAGCCUAGUGGACAUACAUCCUAACCAUGAUGACUUUUUGAUGCAGCUGCAUCUACAUUUAUCACUUUGUUCAGACUGGGACUGCUUACAAUAACCUGUGUGCACAUCAGUUGUAAGAAAGACAGAAAAAUCAUAUUUUCUAUAUAAAUGUAUAUGACAAAUAUCCAGCUUGAGCAUUUUUGAAAAUAAUUUACAUAUGGUGUAAAUCACAACUUAUGUUGAUAAAUGUUUUAGGGGUUAGUAUUGUUGUGCCAUGCUAUUUGUGCAAGAUUCUGAAUAGGUUUUCUCAUGAGCACUAACAGUUCAGAAGGGUAAAGGCAGGGAACUUGCCUGGGAGUUGAGAAAGUACUAAACUUUGUAUGAUAAAAGGUUUCAUGCUUGCAGACUUUACUCACAGGAGUUAAGUCAUGUACAUAGGUAACAAAUCUGUGUGUGUGUGUGUGUGUCUGUAUCUGUGCCUGGCUUUGUUUAUGCAUGCAAGCUAAAGUGUGAAACACAAAAGGAGAGAAAGGGAGAGAGUGGUCUUAUUUUCUGCCCCAGGUUCGCAGGAUGUGAUAGAGCUGUUGAUGUCUAAUACCAUAACAGAGAUGACAGUUUUCAUACACACACUGGCCAGCUGACUGCUCAUUGGUGCCACAGUGAUUCUCUAGAGGAACAGCCGGGCUUUUUAAUGCCAGCCCCAGCGAAGAAGUCACACUGGCACCAGGCUAGCUUGCGUGAUAAAGAUAAUUACAGUGCUUUGCCCUGUAGCCGGGAUUCAUGUGUGACAGAGGGGGAUUAUAAAGUGUUGAUACAGCACCACCACAUUUUUGGCAGAAUAAGAGAUCUUUCACUACCUGCUUUGCCUUCUGUGACUCCACGCUUCUGCUCUGGCUUAUUGCUGAAACACUGUACACUGUAGACACACUGUACUAAAAACCAUAAUGAACACAAUGAAGUGUACAAGUCAUCCAACAUAUAUCAUUUAUGUGGUUUCAGCUGUGAUUAUGCCAUAGUGCCUUAGAGGUGUAAACAACAACAACAGAAAAGGUAGCACUAAUCUAAUCAUACAUGCUGUCAAGCCUCUUAAAUUCCUUCAAUGCAAUGCCUUAAUGUUUUUCUCUUCUAUUUAAAAUAUAUUUUUGUCAUAUGUAUCUUAUAUUGAUUGUACUCUGAAGAGAAAAGGUUAUAUUGUUGAAUAAAAUAUGAUGAAUAAUUGAAAACGGAUCAUAAGAAGUGCAU